AACGUGCUGUUCAGUUUGCCUCGGAACGUCGCCGUGUUUGGAUCGCUCUCGCCAACGGACGCGCUAGGGAUACACGCUUCCGCGGAAGGGCAGCAUCAGAUGCACGGAAAGUAAUCAGUGGGAAGGCACCGUAAAAAAAAGCGUAUCACAACAGCCCGUAGCGAGAUAACAAGAAAGAGAAACAAACCAAAACCGUAACCAAAAAGUUGUGUGUAUUGAAAUCAACAACGCGUGUAUAUCAAUCUGGCGGCCUCGGCCGAACGAUCUCACAAAACAACAGAAAUAAAUUUCGUUGUUAGUACAUAUGUUGUACGAGUGGCAGUUUCGUGUUGCCACUUAAACGCAUCUGCGCUACGGCAAAUGACGUGUAUGGUAGAGUUUUUACACUGAUUGCAUUUGCACAGUGCAGAAAAUCUGUUUAUUGUUGCUUUCAAUCUGUGCUCGCAUGUAUUGAAUUGCGCUUCUACGGCAGGUGAGAGUACUAAACGCACUCAAUCACGGCAGUAUCCAAGUGAGCGAGUGAGAGUAAAGAAGAUAAGAAAUAAGUGAACAAAUAGAAGAAGAAGAAGAAGAAAACAAACAAAAAGUUUGUUGAUAGUUUUAUUAUCGUGAUAGUUUCUGUCAUUGUUGUUGCCGAAGCCGAUCUAGUUGUGCUCAGUACAGUUUUAAUGAGGCUACUGUGCUACUUGCCUGUGUCACGCAUUUCAACAGCACUUGGGAUUACGAGAAACUUUGGAAUCAACAGCAUUUGAAUACGGGUUUAAGUCUUCACGUUGAAAGUUUCUGCAAGCUCCAUGAAAAGGUAUUAGGCGUACUUUGAAGAUGCUUUACUGAAGCUGCAAUCACGCUACAGGACGUCUUCGAAAGCAAACCUUGUUCAGCCAAUUCUCAAUUUCCCCAAACAUCCAAAAGUUGCUGCAAUCGCGAGUGGGUCGAGCAAAAAAAGGUAAAACGAAAAAUAGCCCGAAACUUUUUUGCGCCGAAAAUCGCCACAACGGAAAAGUUCAUUUGUUUCGUUCCUCGACAACUUCAAUGCCGCAUGCCAAAAAUUUCAGCCGGAAUGAACAGCUUAUGAAAAACAGCCAAGCUUACUUGUACUAAGAUAACACAGAAAAAAAGGAAAAGUUGAAAUCGUGACAAAGUUUUCUCGCUCUGAGCUGUCGGUUAAGUGACAAGUGAUCCCGAAUCUAGUGGAAGUGAAAGCUGCUCGCUUGAGAAGACAAAUUCGAAUGGGGGAUAGGCGGCUAAUCUAGCAGCGGAAUAAAUUGAUUUCCUUCCCCGCCGAGUUUCCGAUAGUAGCGUUGUGCUGUAUCGUCAUUAAAUCGAAGCUGGUGUGAACCCUCGAGCACGUGCAAUCACUCAGUGAGCUUAUUAUCUGCCAGAAGGCAAACAAUCAUACGCGUGUCGAGUGUUUGUGAUAGACGGCCACCGACCCGACAGGAACGACGAACGAAGACACCCACCUACCCACCGAUCGCCUAGCGCCUAGCAUCCCACGGCACUAUCGGACAACCGAGAACGAUGCGACGGAUGGGAAACCAAUAGGCACUAGCUGUGAAGCACACCUGCAGCGAGCCACUAGACAGAGGAAGCGAUAUCGAAUUGGCAGAUGGUUUUCACGGGUAUUUUCGACGAUUCAGCAGCAGUUGUCGGACGGAGUAGUGGUAACGAUAAAAAUAGAAAGAAAAACGUUGGGCGUCGAAAAAGAUAAACCAAUUUGUUUAAGUGGACGCUUUCAGCAUCAAUUUGUUUGCGAAAGCUUCAGUAGACGAUUGGCUAUUUUUUUCCGUUGCUUAGAGAGGGGAGAAACCGAAACGAGAAGUAAGAAGUGACCCAAUCGGAAAACUUUGAUCAAAGUCAUUCUGCCGAAAUAAAGGUCGUCACUGUGACCAUUCAUCUUCAUCAGAUACAGAAUAGAGUAGAAAAAAAUGUCCUCACGGUCAAAGGAUAAGGUAACGGCAGCAAUCAGGAAAUUCUUCAAAAGUCCCGACAAAAAGGAGAAGGGGCAGAAGGAUAAGGACCAACAACAGCAGCAGCAGCAACAGCAACAGCAACAGCAUCAUGGUGCGAGUGGAGGCCCGACGGAUUACCAGGUCGGAUCGGGAGCAGAUGCACAUCCCAUGCUACAUCCUACACAUCCGGCAACUCUGGCAGUAGCCGGCGCAAUUGUUCCUAGUGGUAGCAACAGUGGUAGUAGUCACAAUAACACCAGUAAAUCUAGCACCGAUAGUCCCAUGCGAAGAUUGCGAUGUGUCGUCGCUCCUAGCAGCAAUAGUGUAGUAAAUGUUCCUGUACCAAAACCAUUAGAUACAACAAUCCGAUCCAGACGGCUAAUGAAGGAGCUUAAGGAAAUCGAACGAUUGCAGCAUUCACGGACGGAUCCCUACUUUAAGGUUGAACUGGUGAACGACAACCUGUACGAAUGGCAUGCUCGGCUCUACCGAGUGGAUCCGGAUUCACCGCUAGCCGAGGAUCUAGUCGAACUCGGCAUACCGUUUAUCCUGCUGCAUUUGGUAUUUCCAGAUAAUUUUCCAUUCGCACCGCCCUUCAUGCGAGUCGUCGAGCCUCGCAUCGAAAAGGGUUUCGUGAUGGAAGGUGGUGCCAUCUGUAUGGAACUUCUGACACCACGAGGCUGGGCCAGUGCCUACACGGUCGAGGCAGUAUUAAUGCAGUUCGCCGCCAGUUUGGUCAAGGGUCAGGGUCGUGUGUCACGAAAGCCAAAAUCUACCAAGGAGUUCAGUCGACGCACGGCUGAGGAAGCAUUCCGGUCACUAGUCAAAACACAUGAAAAAUAUGGAUGGGUAACGCCUGCAUUGAACGACGGAUAAAUCAGUUAUUCAGUUCUGAUCCGAUCUUGGGUUGAACCAACAUGACAAAAGGCGAAUUGAUAUUUUAUGUUUAAGUACUACUAUUGGUUCAAAGAUUGUAAUCACAAUAAAAAAAUAAGAAAGAGACCAUAAAUACGGUAAGAACUCAGAAGCAGUGAAAACAAUGAUCUCCUUAUUACGUUCCGACCUUAAGAACACACUCUCACGCAGUUCAAAAUUGAAGUCGAGUCUAAAUUUAUUGAUUAGAAAAGAAUGAAAUAGCAGGAUGCUAAGAAAAUUCGAUGUAAAAGUAUCUCAAAGAGUUGCGAAUCAGGCAGUCACAGUUUAACGGAUAUAUUUUACACGUAGUUCAUAGCUAAUUACCAAUUAGUUAUUAUUGUAGUAUAGUAGUUAUACCACAACUUGAUCGUGCUGCCGAAGCCACAGAUCCUAGGCUAAAACUUAUAUAUUAGUAUCGCAUUGAUUGACCAGUGUCCGAGAAUCACACUCAUACUCAUUUGUUCUGGUGUCAUAUAAUUUUAGAUAUACAAUAGAAAUAAAAUUGAUUGUUAUUAUGUAACAUCGAAGAUCAAAAUGUA